AUGGCAGAACUCCACGGUCGUCCCCCUGCGAACGGCGUCCCGCACGAGGACCGCGGCACUGGGCCCUUCCCCGAUGUCUUGAGCGACACUCAGGUCCUCGGUCACAACGAAAAGACGCAGCCCGACGACUACCUCGACGCCGACCCGUCAAAGGAGAAGAUCCCCGACGUCGAAACCGAAUCCCAAAACUCUGACGCCCAUGUCAUCAAGACUGGCGCCGAUGCGGCCAACUUCUUGCUGUCGAUCCGCGACGACGGGGACCCAGCGUGCACUGUCCGCUCCCUCGUCCUCGGCACCGCCGUGUCCGCGUUCCAAGCGACCAUGAACCAGAUUUACCAAUUCAAACCAACAUCCGUGACCAUCUCCGGUACUUUCAUCGUUCUCAUCAUCUGGUUCCUCGGCCGUUUUUGGGCAUGGGCACUCCCGCGCGGGGACAGACUCCACACUCGUUGGAUUGAACGCCACGGAGACAGCGAACAGAAGCCGUGGUGGCUCACACUCGCCAUUCUCGUCAACCCAGGCCCAUUCCAACUCAAGGAACACGCCGUCGCCGCCAUCAUGGCAUCGUCCGCGUCCAGUGGCGCGGCAGCCGUCUCCGUCUUCACCGUUCAAAAGCUGUUCUACAACACUGGACUCAACGCUGUCACUGUCAUUCUGGCCACCCUCUCCAUCGGCCUGUUUGGAUACGGCUUGACCGGUAUCUACCGUCCCAUCACCGUCUGGCAUGUCGAGUCAGUCUACUGGACCAACAUUCCAACGGUCAAAAUCCUUCAAGCGCUACACUGGAACGACCUCAAAGACUCCAAACCCCUAAGAUGGUUCUGGUACUCGUUCACAGGCAUGUCGAUCUACGAAUUCUUCCCCGCCUACAUUAUGCCGUGGCUCAACUCGGUGUCCAUCCCAUGCCUCGCGUCUAUGAACGCCACCGGAGCAACGGCGAAGGCACUAACCAACGUAUUCGGUGGCUCUCUGAACAACGAAGGCAUGGGCAUCUUCAACUUCUCCCUAGACUGGCAAUACAUCACUUCCAGCGCCGCCACGAUGCCCCUCAAGCUGCAGGCCAACUUUGCCGCGGGUAUUGUCAUCUGUUACAUAGCCAUGGCGACGGUUUACUACACCGACACGUGGGGCGCCAAGGCCCAGCCCUUCAUGUCUACCUCGCUUCGCACGGCAGCAGGUGGGCGUUACGUUGCGUCGUCCGUCUUCGUCGAUGGCAUCCUCAGCGAGACCAAACUAGAGCAAGUCGGGUUGCCUCACCUCGCUGGAACGUUCGUCUGGGGUCUCCUCACCGCGACAAUGGCUAUCGGAGCCCUCAUCGGCCACAUUAUCCUCUUCUGGGGAGCCGACAUCCUGGAAAGCUUCAAGAAGCUUCGCCGAAACGAGAUUGAAGACCGACACCACCAGGUGAUGGUCGAAAGCUACAAAGAAGCGCCCUGGUGGUGGUUUACCAUUGUCCUCGUCGUGUCCUUUGUCCUUGGCAUCGUCGUCGUCGUUGUCGAGGACCUCACCUUGCCCGUGUGGGGCUACAUCGCGGCCCUCACCCUCGGCAUCUUUAUCGCCCCAUUCUCCUCCAUCCUCUACGCUCGCUUCGGUACCGGUAUCGCCACAAACGUCCUCAUGAAGAUGGUCGCUGGCGUCACACAUCCCGGCAGACCCAUUGCCAACCUCUACUUUGGAUCCUGGUCGCACACCGUCAUCUCCCAGUCGCUCAACCUAGCCUCGGAUCUCAAAAUGGGCGAAUACCUCAAGAUUCCUCCACGGGUCAUGUUCCUUACCCAAGUCUGGGGAACAGUCUUUGGCGCCUUUAUCAACUAUGUCGUCAUGGUGUCAAUCGUCAAUCAGCACCACGACCUCUUGGUCAACUCUGACGGCAACUCGGCGUGGUCGGGCUACUACUUCCAGGCCAUGAACAAUCAAGCAGCGACGUGGGCGCUGGCCAAAUACUUGUACUCUGCCGGCAAGCCCUACUUCCUCGUUCCCGUAGGCCUGGCGAUCGGCUUUGGCAUCUGCCUUCUGCACCGCAUCAUUGUCAGGUUCAAGCCGACGGUCUUUGGAUUCGACCUCCGCGAGAUCAACACGCCUCAAGUCCUAGCAUACUCUGGCGUCUUGGGCUACGGCGCCACGCAAACCUGUGUCAUUUGGACCAUGCUCACCGUCGGAUUCCUCUUUCAAUUCUACUUCCGCAACUACCACCCUCGCUUCUUCAAAGACUAUUCGUACUUGGUUGUCGCUGGUUUCGAUGGCGGGUCGCUGUUCAUCCUGUUCAUCCUCUCAUUCGCCGUCUUUGGUGCAGGUGGUCCUCAAAAGCCCUUCCCCAACUGGUGGGGAAACCCCGCGACCGGCUAUCCCGACCACUGCCCCGUGGGUAAUUAG